AAUCUUCAGCUACUUGGAGCAACAGCAAUUGAAGAUAAACUGCAAGACAAAGUGCCUGAAACCAUAGAGACUCUCAUGAAAGCAGAUAUAAAAAUUUGGAUACUUACUGGGGACAAACAAGAGACUGCCAUCAACAUUGGUCACUCCUGUAAACUUUUGAGAAAGAACAUGGGGCUAAUUGUUAUAAAUGAAGGCUCUCUUGAUGGAACAAGAGAGACGCUUAGCCAUCAUUGCAGUACUCUUGGUGAUACUUUAAGGAAGGAAAAUGAUUUUGCUCUCAUCAUCGACGGUAAAUCUCUGAAGUAUGCUUUGACAUUUGGAGUAAGACAGUAUUUCCUGGAUUUAGCUUUGUCAUGUAAAGCUGUUAUUUGUUGCAGGGUAUCACCACUUCAAAAAUCUGAAGUUGUAGAAAUGGUCAAAAAACAAGUUAAGGUAGUAACUCUAGCAAUUGGUGAUGGAGCGAAUGAUGUUAGUAUGAUACAAACAGCACAUGUUGGUGUUGGUAUUAGUGGGAACGAAGGUCUACAAGCUGCAAAUUCUUCAGACUACUCUAUUGCUCAGUUCAAGUAUUUGAAGAACUUGUUGUUGGUUCAUGGAGCCUGGAAUUAUAACAGAGUAGCAAAAUGCAUCUUGUAUUGUUUCUACAAGAAUAUAGUCCUUUAUAUUAUCGAGAUUUGGUUUGCAUUUGUAAAUGGAUUUUCUGGACAAAUUCUUUUUGAAAGAUGGUGUAUAGGUCUUUACAAUGUGAUGUUUACAGCAAUGCCUCCGCUAACUCUUGGUAUAUUUGAGAGAUCCUGCCGAAAAGAAAACAUGCUGAAAUAUCCUGAGUUAUACAAGACUUCACAAAAUGCACUGGACUUCAAUACUAAGGUUUUCUGGGUUCAUUGUUUAAAUGGCCUCUUCCACUCAUUCAUUCUGUUUUGGUUUCCACUAAAAGCCCUCCAGCAUGGUACUGUGUUUGGCAAUGGCAAAACUUCAGAUUACCUGCUUCUGGGAAACACCGUAUACACUUUUGUGGUUCUGACUGUGUGUUUGAAGGCUGGAUUAGAGACCUCAUAUUGGACUUUGUUCAGCCAUAUAGCUAUCUGGGGCAGCAUUGCACUUUGGGUAGUGUUUUUUGGAAUCUACUCUUCUUUGUGGCCAGUCAUUCCUAUGGCACCCGAUAUGUCAGGAGAGGCAGCUAUGAUGUUCAGCUCUGGAGUAUUUUGGAUGGGACUUCUAUGUAUUCCUAUGACAGCUUUACUUCUUGAUGUAGUGUACAAAGUAGUAAAGAGAGCUACAUUUAAGACACUGGUAGAUGAAGUUCAGGAGUUAGAAGCAAAGUCUGAGGAUCCCGGGGCAGUUGUGCAUGGCAAGAGCUUAACUGAAAGAGCCCAGCUACUGAAGAAUGUUUUUAAGAAGAACCAUGUGAACUUGUAUCGCUCUGACUCUCUGCAGCAAAACUUGCUUCAUGGCUAUGCCUUCUCUCAAGAUGAAAAUGGAAUAGUUUCCCAGUCUGAAGUAAUAAGAGCUUACGAUACAACAAAACAAAGGCCUGAGGAAUGGUGAAGAAACACAGCACGAGAUUUGGGCCUUAGUAGUUACUUUUGUGAUACAGACUACUAGAUCUUUGCUGGGAGCUGCAACCAUGGCCCAGUUAUCUGAGAUCUAAAUAUCUAUGAUGGUCUUGUUCCAUAAAAUUUGGAUUUGUGUACUCAAUAGACAUAAGCACUGUGCAACUAUACUGUAACACACCAUCUCUAAAUUUUUUAACAAGUAUUUGCUUAGCAUUUGUAAACAGAUUGGAAUUUAUCUUGUAUCUUGCCAGCUUGCUUAUUUUACAAUGAAGUUGAAUCAGUACUGGUCAUAUAGUUAGAAGGCAAUGGUCAGAACGCUAAACAUACUUUACAUUGACAGACCAUUAGCAUCUGUGAAGGUUUUUAAGUGUUAAUAUAUUUAAAUACAGUUGAUAAAAAGCCUUUGUUUUCAACAAGUGCUGAAAAAAGAGUAUCUUAAUGGUGUUAAUUCACCUUCUUUAAGAAAGAUUUUGAGUCAAGGUGUUUAUAG